GACCAGCGAGCGCGUGUUAUACGUUGGCCGUAGAUAGAGCUUUGAUGGCGGACGCCAUUCGUCGAUAGCUCCUUUUAGAUUGCCUAAACAGGCGUGAGGUAUUGGAUCGGUGCUAUUUUCGGGUUAACGCGAUUUUUCGGAUGGCCACCAUCGCCUAAGGAAAUUUUAUGUUAUUUUCUUGUUUAUUGGUGUUCGAUCCUUUGUUGUCCAGCCUUGUUCAUAAUGCCUUCCCUAUUAGAAGCUUUGGAACAAAAAUACGGCGAGGGUUCCACUGAUUCGGAAGGUUCCGAUGAGGAAGCUGGUAUUUCGGUUGCUAUAUUUGUACCAUGCAAAUCACCUAGAGCCUUGGUGCCGGCGUUACUGGUAUUGAAUGAUUGCGACAUUGCCACAGCCGGCGAAAAAGAAGCGUUGGUUGCCAAAUGUUCCAACGUCGAGGAAUUGGACCUUGCCAAAAAUAAACUGAACCAUUGGGAUGAAGUUUUUGGAAUUUUGCAACAAAUGCCCCGCCUAAAAUUCGUCAACUUAAGUUUCAACGUAUUGUCAAAACCCCUCGAAGUCAACCUGGACAAAAGUACCAAAUGGAAGGAGCUAAAGAGUUUAGUUUUGAACUCGACUUUCGUCAAUUGGGAUAGCGUUCAAGAAAUCCUAGACCACCUUCCUUGCCUUGAAGAGUUGCACCUCAGCUUAAACGAUUACAACAACGUAGAUUUACACAAACCUAAAGACUGCGAGUGUUCACAAAAUGAUAACCAAAACUGCGACUGCCAAAAUUACAAAGUGAAGCACAAACAUUCGGUUUUACGCAUUUUGCAUUUUACCGGUAAUCCCGUAGACGACUGGAAAGAAAUAAGCAAAUUAGGAUACGCGUUUCCAAAACUCGAAUCUUUGGUGUUGGCCGAAUGUCCGAUAAAGUCUAUCGAGGUAGCGGAAACCCAAGAAGAGAACUCUGGAGGUAAUAAAAAUUACGACACAAAGGGGAGCGGUUCGGGGAAAUGGGACGACAUUGAGGCGCCUCACGACGCGUUUAAAACGCUCAAAGUGCUUAAUCUUAACUCGACAAUGUUGUCUUCGUGGGACGAUAUCGGCAAACUUUCAAAGUUUCCCAAUUUGCACUGCGUGAGAAUCCAGGGCUGUCCUUUAUGGGAAAGCAACGAAUACACAGAACACGAAAGACGGCAGCUUUUGAUCGCGAGGCUUCCCAAUGUUAAAACUCUCAACGGGGGCGGAGCCAUUUCGGCAGACGAACGAGAGGAUGCCGAAAGAGCUUUUAUUCGGUAUUACAUGGAUAAGCCAGAAAGUGAUCGCCCAGAUAGGUACUUUGAACUAGUCCAAAUUCAUGGUAAACUAGACCCCCUAGUUAACGUCGAUCUCAGACCAGAGAAGAGAGUAAAAGUUACUUUUACUUGUGGGACCAACAGUGAGGUUAGAUCCGUCGACGUUUAUCGAACGGUUAGCGACUUAAAAUCAAAAUUAGAAAGCUUUGCCGGAUUCUCUGCUGCCAAAAUGAGGUUAUUUUAUGUAGACCAAGAGUUCAGGGACAUCCAGGGUCCAGAAGAAAUGAAAUAUCCACACAAACAACUUUAUAGUUACAAUAUUAGAUCGGGGGAUGAGAUCAUAAUAGAUUGCAAGAGAAGAACGCUUAGCGAAACAAAAUUUUCAGAAAGCAAAGAGAAGGAGAUUUACAAUCUGUGAAUAUAUAUGGUAGCAGUUAUUUUCGGAAAACCGGUAAAACUUUUAACUCUAUUGAGAUUAAAUACAUACAAGAAAAUGGUACAUUUUAUGAUUAUAUUCAGGUUAAAGGAAAUUUGUUGGAAAGUGACAAACUGCAGGGAAGAAUUUUUAAAAUCAGCAAGAGUGCUAGUCAAUUCUGCUAGAUCCGCAAUAAAGUAUGUAAGUAUAGAACUUCUGCUUAUUCAGAACUUUUUGCCAUAUCCAACAAAUUUCCUCGGGUAUCGGGCAGAGUACACAGUAACAUUAGAAAAGCAAUAAAAUGUUAUAUUUUAGAUUUAUUUAUUAACCCUAUUAGCAGCAUUACUUUAUUAUUUUUGUAACGUUUGUGAUAUUUUUGCCAAUAAGAGUUCUUACUCAAAGUUUAUGGCAUGAUCAUCUUAUUUGUAAUGACUGCUGUGCAGUAUAUAUUGUUUUGUUUACAUUAUCGUAUUUUCCGAAGGUAUUUUCAUACAGCCUAUGAAAACUGUCUUUGUUGUGAUAAAUCUAAAAUGUGUUUCAAGGGGAGGAUAUAAUCCGUUUUUUUUUAGUGUAGUGAUGGUCCGAAAGACUACCAACCCACUUUGUGAUAAGUGAUAACCUAACUAUAUUGAUAAGAAUUUUACUAAUAUAAU